AGUUGUCAGAUGACAUCAUUCCUUAAAAAAGAGCUGAAAAUUCCGAUUUUGUUUAUUUUAUUUUAGAGGAAUAGUUUUUAUUCGGGGAGUUCCAUUAUCGUCAUCGGCCGAAGCGAAACGCAAUUCAACUUUCGGCCAAUUUAACUGGAUGUUUUGUUGUUGGUCCCAACAGGAGGACUUUAACAAAGGUCCCAUGGCGGCUAUACGUAAAAAAUUGGUGAUCGUCGGUGACGGGGCUUGCGGUAAAACUUGCCUCUUGAUCGUGUUUAGCAAAGAUCAAUUUCCGGAAGUGUACGUGCCCACCGUUUUCGAAAAUUAUGUGGCCGACAUCGAGGUAGACGGAAAGCAAGUGGAACUUGCCUUGUGGGAUACUGCCGGACAAGAAGACUACGAUCGUCUACGUCCACUGUCCUAUCCGGACACCGAUGUGAUUCUUAUGUGUUUCUCAGUAGACUCGCCAGACUCUUUAGAAAACAUCCCCGAGAAAUGGACUCCCGAGGUAAAACACUUUUGCCCCAACGUUCCCAUUAUCCUAGUUGGUAACAAGAAGGAUCUGCGCAACGAUCCCAAUACAAUUAAUGAACUGAAGAAAAUGAAACAGGAACCUGUUAAGCCUCAAGAUGGUAGAUCCAUGGCGGAAAAGAUUAACGCUUUUGCCUAUUUAGAAUGUUCAGCCAAAAGCAAGGAGGGUGUCCGAGAGGUGUUCGAAAAUGCCACUAGAGCUGCAUUGCAAGUUAAAAAGAAGAAGAAGCAUCGUUGCACCAUCUUUUGAAUAUUGCAGUUUAUAAUGAGUAUUCAUAUUAAUCUUUUAUGUAUCAUUCAAGUUACGGGGACUUUUGCAUGAUAUAUACUACAUACUAACAAAAUUCCCUUAUUUGUUUGGUUAAUUCAAUAUUUUUUUAAGGAGUUUAUGUUUAGGUUAUUACUCCGCGAUUAUAGCAUUACAGUUCUUUGUUCAGUGUCAUGAGCACAAUGUUACAACAUCAUCCACUCUUCCUCAAUGCUAUAUACCUAUAUUAUGUAUGCCUUAAGUAUUUUUUUUUUCUUAACUUUUAAUGUAUCAAAAAUUAUAUUUUUAAGUAUGGUGCAUAUACCUAAGUGAAACUACCAUAAAUUAAACAUAUAUUUUUGAAUUGAAGAAAUAUGGUCUUUUUCUUUUGGUAUCUGAAGUAAAACAAUUUACCAUUUAUUUGAUGUUAGUAAGAUUUAAAUAUUUUAAUUUUUUUUUUAGGAAAUAGAAAUAUACAUUGUGAAUUGCGUAUCGAUGUAAUAGCUUUAACUUUUCCAUACUAUAUUGUAUUGUAAAAAAAAAAAAUAAUAAAAACUGUUUUUCCUA